AUUUAUUCCGAUCUAUGACUGAAUCAUGGUGAGAGUCAAACCAGCUACCCAGAAAAUUUCCUGCGGAUUAAAGUCCAUUUACAGUCCAAUUACCCCGUGUCUGCUACAGACUGACAGUUCUCCCGUUCUCUAGCAUGUCAACUCGCAAGAUCUUAGAUCUCAUUGGGUCAAAGGAAACUCUUGGAGAGACAAAAGAAAAAGGCCAAAAGUGACUGGUUUAUGUUCGCCGGGUGCGCGUUUGGGUCGGGGGUGGGGAGUGCCUCUUGGCCGCCGGAAUUUGGUGAGAAAGUGUUGAACGUGGGGCGGGGAUUAUAGUUGCAAGAUGUCCAGUGAAGUGAAGCAGAGGAAGAAGAACGUGGCCGGCUGCAAGCAGAGCGACGGAGUGAGGGAGCAGGCUGCGAGAGGGAAGGUGUCAGAGGGCCCUGUGAGGAAUGUGCUGUGUUUGCUGUCGCUACUCGCCAGUGCGGCCAUGGCGGGGCUCAUGUUCCAGCAGUCAGCUAAGUUCGCUGAUGUGGAACAAAAAUAUCAGCAGCUGUACAUGAAAUCUGUAGCUGCCCAGGCCUUGGAAGAUGAAAUUAACAAAGUUUCAAAAAAGCUGGAAUCAUCAGAAGAAGUCCUGCAGAAAGCACUGUCAUCCAGCUCAGACAUGACCCUCUUCGAACAGGAGAUGUCAGAGCUCCGUAACAGUAUGAUUAGCCUACAGAAUAAAGAACAGAUGAUAGCGAGAAAAAUGCAGCUUGUCAAUAAAAACUUUCAAAAUAUUUCAGACACCUGGAAACAAAGUUUAAAUGAAAUAAAUGGCGAGAUUGCCAACUUGAAGUCAGAGUCAAAGAGCAUGCAUAACAAAAUUUCAUCGGAAAUUAAUAUAGUUGAACAAGGUGUGAAGGAUCUCUCAAAAAAGAUGGAAGAUUUAGAAGGGAGCACAAUGAGAAAUACUAAGGCAAUUGAGCGGCAAGAGGAGGAAGACUUGGGUGGCCUCGAGAAGCAAGCAAACUGGAAUACGAAAACCAUUGAGCAAUUAGUUGAACAACAGAUCAAUUUGAUUUCAAAGAAUAAAGAGUUAGUAGAAAAACUCUCUGAUUACGAACCUAAGCUUAACGAAUGUCAAAAACAACUUCCCAUAAUUGAUAAUGGUGUCCACUCUGUUCUUAAGAUAUCCAGUGAACUCCUAAGCACUGAAAAGAAAAUAGAAGACAUGACAGUCCAGAUAUUUAAUUUGGAGGACAAUAUGCUGAAAGUAGUAACUGAGAUAUUGGACAUAAAAAAAGAGCUGGAAAUGUUAUUGUCUGAUGGUGCAAAGUAAAACUCAGUAGACUUUCUGGAUGCCAUGAAAGUUACUGCUAUGGCGUGUCAUAGAACAAGAAGAAGGAAGAGUCCAGGAGAAGCUUUCUGCAAUUUAAGUCACUGCUCCAGUAAACUCUGCACACAGAUGCAAUUGAACAGUGAUAUACAUGAGGCACUGUUUUGCUGACUUCGAGCUUUGCUUUUGGGGACAGGAAAUUUCCAUUGGUGCGAAUUUAACGGCAUCGAGUGCCGGCUGUUGGACUUCAACUGCUGAUGAAAGAAAUUACCAGACAUGUCUAUUGGUAAUGAUACAGCCCAAAAGAUUGCCUUGGACAUAAUGCUGAAAUUCAUUGGAAGACAUUCUAGAUGUUCAAAAUUAGAGUAAGAGCUACGGGAAGAGUACAAUUUGUAACUUUAAAAAUAAAUCAUCAUGUUUAUUUUUAGCCAUUGUUCAUACAUUAGAUAUUAUCACUGACAUAAAAUUAACAUUUAAUGAGUGAAACAGCAAUUUGAACAAAACAUGUUUGUUGUGACUAGCAAGUUGUGUUAUGCAAUCCGCGACCAUGUGUUUUUGGGAAAUUGAACUACUGUACAGCGAGUGGUAGCUUCAGAUUAGACAAGAAGCUAUUAAACAUAAUUUCAAAAGUUCAAUAAAAAGGCAGACAGCCCACAAAGUAAACUUAACUGUUCAGGGAUUGAAGUUGGAAUUCCAGACUUUCAAAAUUCUAAGAUGACACUACCAUUUCCGCGUCAAACCUGUUUGUAUCCAUAUACCCAAGGCAUCAUUUUGGAUAGACUGCCAUGUUAUCUUUGUCCACUUUAAGAAGAUCUGUGGGUUCGGAGAUGGGAGAUCAGACCCGUGAUGCUUGUGUUGAGGAAGAGCAGCAGAUCCCAGUGUGCAAACAGUGAAAGUGUUGCUGAGCCUCUGAAGGAAGCACUCACUGUAGCUGCCACUAACAUUAAGGAAGCAGAUAUGAACGUGUAGCACAUAGCAUUAGAGACAUCUAUCUUCUCAAAUUCCAUGCUGAAAAACAGGGCUGAAAGAUGAGGAUAUGACAUGCUUGCCAUUUUCUGCCAAUAUUAAUUAAAUUUCACUUGCACAGUACAGUCUCCAUCUCCUUUUACAAUCUGCACAUGAAAUUCCAGCUAAUUGAACUAAGUACCUCUGCCACCAAUGUGCUCCUAUAUCAGAGAGAAAAGUGCAAGGAUUAUGUGAAAACUGGUGGCUAUUGUAAAGUUCCAGGUCUCUUCCUUGUUUGCCCCACUCCAUGCCCUGUCACGAAUUUUGCAUCCAUGACGUGGGAAAAUACUGUCCUGAAUCUGCUAAGGGUGGUACAUGCUGGCAUGAGUAUUCACAGACAUCUUUAACUUCUCCUUACUACACAGUCUGAAAUCCCCACCCACUUCAAGAAGACCACCAUAAUCCUAUUGCCAGAGAAAAAUCCUGCAACCUGCCUCAAUGACUGCAGCCGGGUGGCUCUGAUCUCUGUCAUUAUCGAGUGCUUUGAGAGGUUAGCCAUGGCUCGCCUCAACUUCAGACUAUCCGAUUGCCUUGAUCCUUUGCAAUUCUCCUACCAGCGCAAUAAGUCCACAACAGACACCAUCUCCCUGGCCCCAUACUCAUCCCUGGAAGAUCUAGAUAGCAAGGAUACCUAUGCCAAGCUCUUAUUUAUUGACUACAGUUCUGCCUUCAACACUAUAUUUCCAAACAAACAUCUCUAAACCAUGAGACCUAGGCCUUGGUCCCCCUCUAUAACUGGAUCCUCAACUUUCUGACCCAUAGAUCACAGUCAGGAAGAUUGUGAUAAUACCUCAUCUACCAGAAUCCUCAACACAGAUGCCCCACAAGGCUGUAUACUCAGCUCCCCACUGUAGUCCUUAUAUACUUAUGCCUUAGGAAAGCAACUAACAUAAUCAAGGACCCCUCUCACCCUGCUUAUACACUCUUCCAUCCUCUUCUGUUGGGGCAGAAGAUAUAAAAGCUUGUGCACACUUACGAAUAGAUUCAAGAACAGAUUCUUCCUGCUGUUUUUAGACUUCUGAACGAAUGGCUCAAGUUUUAAAUUUAGUGUUGAUCUCUAUGCUCUCUCUGCAGCUGUAACAUUGUAUUCUUUGCUUUGUUCUAUUACUCUAUACACUUUGUAUGAUCUGCCUAUAUUGUGUGCAAACCACAUCUUUUCACUGUAUCUAGGUACAUGUGACAAUAAUAAAGCAAAUGUUAAAUGGGUUUAUCAUUAAUAUGCUACAUUGAAUAAGAAGAAAAGUAUAAACUGAAAAAAAACCUAUAAAUAUGAACUGAAAAUAAAAAAUUCUGCAUUCAGAAUAAUCAAACUGAAAUGUUAAGGCUUUCUCUCCCUAGAUGCAGCCUAAAAUGGUCAGUCUUUCCAGCAAUUGUUGUUUUAAUUUGAAGAAUUUGAUUCUUGGGGAUGAUUGUAAUUUACAUUGUGCCGAAA